AUGGAUGAUAAUGGAAAAAUGAAACCUUAUUUCCCUGCCAUAAUUAACGGAUGCAAUUCGGCAGCAGAUAACUUUUUCAAAUGUAUAAAUGAAUAUUUACAACCAUAUGGAGAUAAUACCGCUAUAAAAAAUGGAACAAAUCAAUGUCUUACUCUCAAAAAUAGUUACGAGAAAUGUACAGAGAGUAGUUUGAAAAAAAUGACGGAAAAUACACUUAUGUUUUUGACAGAAUAUAAAGAAUAUAAAGGAAAGAACAUAUAA